AUGAAGAGGAGCAGAGAUAUGGAGAAGAGAUCAGAGAUAAACUCUGCCAUUGAAGAGCUGUCCUUGCUGGCUAUAGUCAAACCUGGAGGAAAUCAUGAGACUGCACACAUCCCCACCAAGCCUUUCCUAUCUCUAUGCUACAUGGUUCUACAGGUUCUUGAUAAGAUAGGUCCAACGAUGGCUGUUUUGAGACAAGACAUUCACCAGAAUAUUAAGAGAUUGGAAAUGAUGCAUGAAUUGAACCCCUCAAUGAAUUCAAAUUUGGUUGAAAUAUUGAAAUCGGAAGCUAGCAAGGGCAACGCAAGGAAGAGGUUUAGUUGUAGUAAAGCCUUUCUUUGGCUCACUAGAUCCCUGGAUUUCUCUUCAGCAUUAUUACACGCACUAGAAAUCGAUCCUAAAAAGAAUAUGGAGCAAAUAGUUCAAGAGUCUUAUGAUGCAACCUUGUCACCAUGGCACGGAUGGAUUUCGUCAGCAGCUUUCAGAGUGGCUAUAAAACUAGUGCCAGAUAGUCAAACUUUCAUGGAUCUCCUCAAGGAAAGAGAUGAAAACAGUGACACCCUAAAGGAGCAAAUGCAGAUCUUAGUUUCUUUGUUUGUGCCUUUUCUUGAGGAUGUUCAUUGUAUUCUUAAAGUGUAUAACUUGGACAGGAUUAAGUCAUCUUGA